AUACAGGGUGUCCGCAUGCAACGGAUUUUUUUUGUUGCCUAGAGAGACAGCCCCGCAAGUGGUGUGCCAUUCAUCAAUAUCCAUUUCCGGUUCCCUUCCUGAGUCGACAGCCAGAAGUUCACUUCUAUUUUUAUAAACUGGCUGCUGGUCACGCCACAGGGAACAUCCUCCCCACUUCUUCCCCCAUGGCGGCUCCGGAGCUGCACCUAGACUGCUCUAUUCGCUUCUGGGUUUUGCUGCCUGUGGCUUGGAUCGCGCUCGCCGUAGGAAUUCUGCGGCUGCGCGUGGCCGGACUGUUGCGCGGGGAGCGCUCGCUGGGCUGGCCCGAGCAACUGAAGGACACGCAGAUUCUGGGCCGUAGUCGCCUCCUGAGGGAAAAUGGACGAUUUCUAACUCAUCAGGGCUUCCUCAUGCGCAAACAUCACUUGAAUAAUCCCGAAAGUGGCUUCUUCCGCAAAACCAAACGGAAGGUGCAGCCCCGAAACCCACUGACAGAUCCCACCAUGGUUAUGGAGAUGAUGAAAGGCAACAUCGUCAACAUACUGCCCAUGAUCCUCGUGGGAGGCUGGAUCAAUUGGGCCUUUUCUGGUUUCAUGGCUACCAAGGUUCCCUUCCCCCUGACCCUGCGGUUCAAGCCCAUGCUGCAGCGUGGAAUUAACCUGCCUUCCCUGGAUCCCUCCUGGGUCAGUUCAGCCUCCUGGUAUUUCCUGAACGUUUUUGGCCUGCGUCGAGUAUACACCAUUAUCCUGGGGGAGGAGACAGCAGCAGAGCAACAUCAACUGCUGUUGCAGGAUCAGUUCCUGGGCCCAUCUGUACCUGUUCCACCUGAUCCCAACAAGGCCUUUAAGGCUGAAUGGGAAGCACUAGAGCUGGUUUCUCACCACUGGGCUCUACAAGAUGUUGAAGAACAACUGAUGAGCCGGGACCUUGAGGUGGCAGGGAUGUUUGGGCCUGACUGAUCCCAGCCGUGAGACCUGUGGCCUAAAUCUUUACAGCACAGCUUUGUGCAAAGAGGAGUGCCCGUCCCAGCCCCGAGAGGGGGCCGGUGGCCCUCCUGAUCAUGCAUGGUGUGUUAAAAGUGUGUGGAAUGGCUUUUUGUCUUUAGAAGCUUUAGUCAGAGCAGGGAGGUGAAAGUCAUAGAGCUACUCUUGGUCCGCCAGAGCAGGCAGUAGCACCAUUUGAAGUGACUGUUGGUACCCAGAGCAACUGUGGAUAUUUUGGAGCUAGCAUACUCAUAGCAUACAUUUCUUGUUCACUUUCAGAGAAAGAAAUGUGCCCAACACCUCAGGCUGUUGUACUGCAAAGCAACAUGUGGGCUGCAGACCACUUUGGCUAUUAAAGCAAGACAGCUAUAACGA